CUUGACUCCCAACCAAAAUCUCAACAAGCUUGGUUCCAUUGAACUAGUCAAUUGUUCUGACAACCUAAUCCUCUACCUUGCCCAAACCUUGGAUCCUGCCCAGCUGCUCGUACUCGAUCUGGAUCACGGCUUUGUUUUCAAUGACUGUAAUUCGUUCCUUGACAGACUAAAGCUCGUCUUUCCUGUCAAGCCCCCAGUGCCCAGCAGCAAUGAUAUUAAUGACAGCAAUCCUUCCCCUAGCAAUCCCGAGUGUUCAACUAACCCUAGUAACAAUGGCUUAGCCGCCAGCGAUAGUCCUAUUGGCCAAACAACUACGCUAGAUUCAACAACUAGUGCCAACACUCCCAAUGAAGCGCCCAUUCAACUACAACUACGCUUUCGUAUAGACCGAGCUAUCCUGUCCAUGCCGAUCGGGCCAAUCGAAUCUCUUAGUCCGUUGCUUUUUCAACUAUACUACACGCCUCAAAUCGUUGAUAAAGCGAAUGAUAAUGAUGAGCCGGACUAUAGCUUGUUAGAACUCUUGAAGAUAAUGUUCUGGACCUACCAAGAACUCUCCACCAUUCAAUGUGACGAUAAAAGCCUUGAAACGGCCCGCCGUUCCGUGAGCCUCCGUGGUUUCCUAGACAAGCUGACCCGGGGACGUAUAGAUGUAACCUAUCAACAAGAUCCGGAUGUUCAAACCCUCAUUGAUCAAAUUACAGAAAUGACUAGGGUUAUAAUGACGUCUGCAAACCCUGAAACCAACCAGACCAAUCUAAAAGAUUGGAAUUUACCGCGCCUUGUAAUCCAAGUUCAUAUCUACCAGUGUUUUGAUGAUGACAUAAUCCCAUUCCUAACAAACAUAAUGAAUUUCACUUAUAUGAUUGCUAGCCAGCCAGUGCAUCUAGUAUUCAGAAACCUUUGUUUAAGUGAUGCUGUCUAUAAUAGGUUUAUAACGAGCCUAGACCCAAAAGUGUACCAACAAUCUUGUAAGGCACCUCCAGCCGAUUGCUUCUUCACUCUAUUGAUUUGGAGAACUCCACCAUUCGGUGAAUCUUUCCGAACUCUUUUGCUACGUCAAAACGAAGACUCUCUAGCCCAGUCUGAUAAGCCGGAGUCUCCGGAUAGUAAAGAUUCAAAGACUCUGAAUGAUGAGUUAAAACUUCAGGAUGACAAUUAUGUAGAGAGUAUGCAUGGUGAUCUGAUAUCUGCACAUUCUAGGAUCCUUCUUAAUUCAAAACUAAUGAAUAGCAAGCUGGAUGCCAUAAGUUCAUAA